ACCGUGUCCUUCAGUUGCUGUUUUCGCUUAAAAUUUUUUUAGUCAUGAGAUUUAAAGGCCUUGAGCAAAAAAUUGAAAGUUUUUAUUUUUUCAACAUUCUAAUAAAUGUAUUGAAACAAGCUAAUUAAAUUUCCCGCAUAUUACUUUGAUGCAAAUACUAGAUCUUUAACUAUGUCUUGCUUGGUUCUAGUAGGUGGAAUUGUUGGUUGCGGCAAAACAAAUCUGAUAAACUUUUUCAAAUCUAAUAAAAGUGAUAUUUUUCCAGAUGUUCUUGAUCGAAAUGAACCUUCGGACACUGAGAGCACUGUGCCAAGAAAUCAUUUUGAACAUAAUUCCAUUGCUUUAAUAAGUGUAUUGAUCGAUGACUUAUGUUCCAUUGAAGAACAAGCGGAAAUGAUGAAAUCACUCCAUGGAUGGAGAAAUUUUAGAGCAGACCUUCUGAUAGCAGCAGAACAUUUUAUAAAUCUUUAUAAAUGUUCUGAAUCUAUUAUACAUGGACCAUUAUCACUACGAAGUUGCAAUUUAUUGGAAAAAAUUAAAAAACUUAACUAUAUCAAUGCUCCCAUUGCCAAUGCAAUUGUUUUCAUUGAAGAUAAUUUUUAUUAUAGAAGUAUGCGUUAUGACUGGUUCCAAAUAGCCAAAAGAACAAAUAUAGGCUUUUGUCAAGUUUUUCUGCAUUGUGCAUUAAACACUGCAAUAAAUAGAAAUUCUUUGAGAGGAUACCAAAUUCCGGAACAGAAAAUUAAGAAAAUGUUCAAUUUAAUGGAGUACCCUGAUUCUGUAAAAUAUAAAUGGGAAAAAUAUUCUCUGAAAUUUGAUACAGCAGCAGAAUUAAAUACUACAUCUAUAAAUCCAAUUGUGGUACUCAUAAAAGAAGCAACUAAUGAUCCAGCUGAAGUUAUGAUUAAUAAAGAUAAGGUUGAAGCACAAAGCAUAUGCUCAAAAAAUGUUAUUCAUCAAGUUGACAAAAUAAUCAGGAAAGCUAUAUCAAAGAAAAUUAGUGAACUAAAAAGUAACGCUACUGCUGAAGAUGAUUUGAAGAGCUUAAUAGCACUGGUUGUGAAUAUUCGACAGGAUUUUUUAAAACAGUUUAGACAAGGAUUUAUUGCUCUUCCUGAUGACAUAGUAGAGAAAAUUAAGUGCUUGGGAAUAGAUUGUGUUGAGCAUGAAUGCUCAGAAAUCAUAAAUGAACGCUUUGAUAAACUCUUUGAAAUGAAGUCAAGAAAGAUCUGUUGUACAUAAGAUUUUUAUUUUCUAAUAAAAUGACAGAAACGCAAAAGAACUAAUUUAUAUCAUAAAAGCUGUUAGACUACUAUAUAAUUGUUAUGUUAUCCAAUAUAUUUUUAUUUUUUAAGUACUACAAAAAGCAUCAAUGUAAAUUUUAAAAGACAAACAUUUAUUUUUAAAUAAAACUACUGUUAUGAAAAAAUUCUGUUUAAAUGAAUGUCAGUAUAGUACUGUUUUUUGCUACUUUUCUCCAAUUAAUGGAUACUGGUUGCUGUUGAAAUCUAUGUCAAAAACUAUUGUAGGCU